AGACCUUAUUCCAUCAUGGUUCUGGAAAUAUUAAUUCUGAUUGCAAUUUUCUAUGUCAGCUGGUUUUACAUGUCAACGUAUACAGUCCGACGAAAAUUACCCAUAGGGCCACUUCCAUUACCGCUGGUUGGGAACUGGCAUCAAGUUGGCUCAGACAUUCCAUUCUCUUUGGAAAACCUUCGUAGGAAAUUCGGGGACCUGUACACAAUUAGUUUACCUAUUGGAACAUUCUUGAUACUUAACAAUGCUGAGUUGAUGCAGGAAGCCCUUGUGACAAGAAAAGAUGACUUUUCUGGACGGGUUGACGAAUCUCAGUUUCCAUAUAAUGUUUUAUUUGAAAACAAGGACAUUGGUUUCACCAGUAACAGCAAACCUUAUAUGAUUCGUCGCAAAGUGUUCUCAAAUGCAUUACAUGUUUUUGGCGAAGGUAAAAACCUUGCUAAAGAAAGAUUGUACAACGCGUCCGAAAAUUUAUUGCAAAAGAUUGGUAAAACAUCGGGCAGACCAUUUUCAAUGAAGGAAUACCUGGGGAAAACAACCAUGAUCAUUUUAUGCGAAUGGUUAGUUGGGAAACAAUACAAUUAUGACGAGCCUAUAUUAGACAAAUUGAUAGAGUUUAACGAAGUAUUUGCCAUAGUCAUUCGUCCUGGUAACUCUCAUCACUUCUUACCGUUCCUAAGAUUUUUCCCAACACCGUACAUGAAUUACCUCAGAAAGGUAUUGAACAUACGAGACGAAUUUUGUGGUGGGCAGCUGCAGUAUCAUCUAGAGACGUACAAGGACGGAAUAAUUCGAGACAUUACAGAUGCAUUUAUAGCUCAAUAUGACAAGGAAUUUGAGAAAGAAAAUGCUAAUGAUAUAGGUAAGUAAAACUAGCUUUAAUUAAAAAUGCAAAUAAUUCCAAGUUAAUUUGUUUUCCAUGAUCCAGCAUUAGUUUGCGGGCAGUUCCACCUCACCAAAUGAUGUAGUUAAGGGACUGCGCGACAAUGAUGAAAGGCUUGCUAGGCGAAAGAAAGCGGAAUUAGCCUAAGUGAAGUCAUUUCUAACAUUUAUGCACAAUUAUCACCUAAUUAUAUCAUACAAUCCACGAAAGUCGCAAUAUGGUGGAGCAUCUGGUUGAGCAGAUUUUUUUGUGUAACAAAGCGUUGAAACUUUCUGGAGAUAUUGGGAAUUAACGUUGAGACACGCGCGUAGCUUGUUGGGCGCAAGUCCAUGACAAUUAAUUGCAUGGGUACUAAUUCCGUUCGGCUAAACGAAAGCUAACGGAGUAAGAUGUCCAUCAUAUGAUCGCGGGCACUUGCCAUCAGGGGCGGCGCUACAGGGGGGUGUGGUGUGUGUGGGUGGUGGGGGGGGGGGUGGAACACCCCCUCACUCGUCAGCAAAUCGGCAAAUUGUUAUCUCAGUCGGCAAAACUGGAUUGGCUAAAGAUAACCAGUGAAAAAAUCAAAAUUAACUUCUUGAAUAAUUGAAUUCAAACCGAAUAUCACGGAAGGAAUCCCAAGACACCGAAUAUAUCACAAAUAUACUCUUUCUUUUAAUUCUUUAUCACUUUGAAUUUGGCAAACAGAAAAUACAGAAUCAUUUACGUAAUUAUUAUUAUUAUUCUUAACAUAAUUAUUAUUAUUAUUCUUAAUCAUUUGUACCAUAAUGUAGCCAGGUUGCCUAGUACUUUAGUGAGAGCUGCUUACUUGUAAUAUUUGUAUGAAAUAAAAUCUGUUUCCAUUAUUAUUAGUAUUAGUAUUAGUAUUAGUGUCAUUUUUAUUAUUUUUAUUAUUUUUAUUAUUAUUAUUAUUACAAAUAUGUAACAAAAUGUAUCGAAAGUCUUGGGACAGAUGCCACAAAACCUUUGAAUUUCAACAAACGACAAUCCCCCCCCCCCUGUUCAAUGUUGUGUCCCAUUUCUCGUCGGGUUUGAUGUGUUUUGGUUUAAGUAACAUUGAUUGGGGUGGGGGGAGGGGAGCGGUAUUGUGUGUAUAAAACUGUAAUGAUCCACUUACAAGCUAAAACUAUAUGUGUCCCAACAACUUCUGAAAGUGAUUGUCUGGGCCCCAUAUGCCAUAACAUCAUUGCACAUCCGUCAAAAGUACGGGGGAUAGAAUGGUCUGCGAACGAAGUAUUUCAGCUCCAUUUCGUUCACAGAAGAUCUAGUAUAACAUUACAGAACAAUUAAGUUUCAUUAAAAUACUCAAAGUUAAUAAUUAACAGAACAUGAAUAUAAUUUUUUAUGUCAUAUAGCAUUCUUAAUCACCAAGGUUUUAUACGUUGUUUGUUUCUACAAAUUUCAGCAGAGCACAAGUAGGUUAUUUGAGAGGUUAUAGUCCGUCAAUAAAGAUAGGUAUCGCAAAUGUUUUACGCUAGAUAUGCCACAUAUACUGUUAAUUUAUGGCAUAGUAAUAUAACAUCCGGUUACUUUCGCAUGCGGGUAAGGGCUGAGUCAACUGCUAAUUCGGGUACUCCGAAGGUAAAGAACGUUUGAUUUAGAAUCACCAAUAGUCAAUGUGACGUUUCACAUCUUCCUAGAGCAGAAUUUGCAGAUAUAAUUGUCGACGCAUGGGUACGAAGGAGCACUCAUGCAGUGGGUGGGAAUUUCGGAGGCUCAUGAAAAGGGCGGUAUAUAUAGUCACUUCCACAUGGCUAAAAAAAUGUCCAGAAGAUCAAGUUGGCGAGCUAUCGGAAAGCUCGAGAAGAGUAAAUGCGGCAUUUAAUUGAACUCAGUCAGAGAAUCCCAAAAAUUACUAUUCAGCGUAUUCGUACGUGGUAAAGAAAGAUCCGAACUUCUUGAUUUCUCCAGGGCUUAAUAUAAACCUCCCUAAUGCUGACGCGUUAGCAAGUACUAGCGCGCGCAACCCGCCGAAGCAAGAAAGUUGCACAGGCUUCCAAAAAUAUGUAACGAAAGGGACUCGCAUUAUACGGCGUUGUACGCAUUAUACAACACAAAGUUAGUGUACGCUAAUUAUGCCAAUAAGCGUUUCCGGACGAGACGAAUGCAAUGAAACUAACAUCGGUUGUCACUUCGAUUGUCACUAUAGAAAUAUGAAAUAAUGGGCAACUAGGCAGCUUUUAAAUCAGAACAAGGCUAAGAUAAUUUGUUGAGAAUGUCUAACAAUGUAUUUGCUAUUAAUGAAAGGGUUUGAAAUUAAUUAAGCCAAGUUUUGGAUCGAUUGACACUUUUCUACAUAUAAAUAAAUCUGAUAUAUCAUAGUGAUAUUUCUAGAGUUGAGUGUCAAUCGAUACAUUUUAUACAAUUUAUAUACUUUGUGAUUGAGUAGAGCCCGUAAUAUAUCAAUACGCGCUACCUAUUAUUAUGCCGCGAAAAUUGAAAGUUAUAUCAAUGAAAAUGCUAUGUGUUUCAAAGUGACAACCGAGAGUCAAUCGAGCACAUGUUCAAACCGUUUUAUUACUUUUAUAUUACAUAUAUAUUUUCAUGUCAAAUAUGCACAAUCUUUAAGUGGUUUUCGAUAACUUACCCUUGCAUUUUAUUGAGCAAUAACCUAGGUCGAUAAUUAACCAGAUAGAUGUUUUUUAUCCCUUGCAUAUAGAGCAGGAUUAAUCUCUCAGCAUACUUCCCUCCCCACAUAUCACAUCUGUUUAUAAGCUCAUUUAUAAUAUACUGUUCAGUCUGUUGGAUUAUGUUACAUUUCAAAGAUAUUGACCACAACAAGCACAGUAUAAAGGCAUUAUAUAUGCCAAUGCAAUUCAGUAAAUAUGUUAUACUAAAUGCUAUAUGAUUUUCGCAAAACUGAUAUUCUAAAACACUCGGUAAUUCAAAGGGGUUAAAUAUGCUUUUCAUUGCCUUUCAGACAAUCAGUUUCAAAAGUCUUGGGACAGAUGCCACAAAACCUUUGAAUUUCAACAAACGACAAUCCCCCCCUGUUCAAUGUUGUGUCCCAGUUCUCGUCGGGUUUGAUGUGUUUUGGUUUAAACAACAUUGAUUGGGAUGGGGGGAGGGGGACGGGAGCGGUAUUGUGUGUAUAAAACUGUAAUGAUCCACUUACAAGCUAAAACUACAUGUGUCCCAACAACUUCUGAAAGUGAUUGUAGGCCUUGGACGUCGGCUGAAUAAUGUUAAGUUGUACAAGUAGUUAAAAGUUAAAGUUAGAUCGACUCACCGUUAUAAAAAUUAGCUCGAUUCAAUUACGUAUUUACAUGCAUUACAAUUAAUAAAAUCGUUCUUAAAUCUAUUUGUCUUAAAUUAGGAAUUUGAAACAUUCUUCUUCCCCGCAAGCAUAUUUCUAAGGAGUUCACUGGAGGCAAUAAUUCAUGUAGUUUGUUCUCAGGAUCGCUGACUAUAUUUUUAAAAAGUUUGUUAGUUAAGUUCUGUCUUCUUGCAGCCAAGGUAGUGAGACCCAAUUGGUCCAGCUCGGCUUCAUUAUACGGAUGAUCUGGUAAUACUAUUCUACAAGACGCUUUUGAAGUUUUUCAAUGUCGUCGGAUAGAUAUUUUGGGAGAGAGUAAUGGAAAACUUCGCACACGUAUUCGGCGACUGGCCGGGUGCAGGUAAUAUAAAAUAAAGAGAUCUUUUGAUGGAACUUUUGGCCGUUUCGGUUGUCUAAGAAAGUAUAGACGGGUUGAGAGAUUUUUGCAUAUAUUCUUGACAUGCGACUUUCAUUUAAGAUCAUUUGUGAUGGUGAAGCCCAGUAAUUUUGCCUCGGGGACAACCUCAAUUUCUUUGUCAUUGAUAAGAAUGGGAUCGGAAUCAGUCUUCGUAGUUGAAAAACAGAUACGGAGUUCCUUACACUUGGAUUAUUUUAACUGCAUGCCAUUGCUUGUGGACUUUAAGGUGAAUUUGUUGACAUAUUCUUGCAUAGCACUUGUACAAUGUUUGUCAAUUACUUCCGACAGGUUUGAAUCAUGUACAUAUUUCCAAGGAUUUACAUCACCCAAAACGUCGAGGUCGUUUAUCAUGACUAAAGACAGCCAGGGACCAAGUUUGGUCCCUUGCGGUACACCGGCAGGCACCGUUUUCCACUCAUAGAAACAGUCGUCACUUAAUUUGACUCUUUGCAUGGGCGCUUUCCACUAACACGGCCAGACCGGUCAAAUUGUUGAAUGAAACACAAAACAUUUGGGCUUCGGAUCUAUCUGACCGGAAAAUUUUGAUAACAUUAGAAUGAGGUCCAUUUUCGCUAGAUAUUUGAGAAAAAUAGACCAGGUCUUUCCAUUGACACAGAUAAAAGAACUUGGGUCUGACCGGUCUGGCCAUUAAAUGGAAAGCGCCCUUUGUCUACGAUCUGUAAUGACCUCUAAUAUCCAAAGUAUAUAGAGUGUUAUUAGGGAUAUCGUAUUUUGCCAGAUUGUUUAGCAGGAUAUCAGUGUGAUCGAUUAAGAGUGUAACAUACUAAUCAAAGCGUACGUGGUACUUGUGUUUGGGAUGGUACCAAAUUCUCUUUCAUCGAUCUUGGCUAAUUUAAAUAUUGCUCGACCACAAACUCUUCCUUUUGAUAAAACAGGAGUCAAUGAAAUUGGGCGCAAGUCGUCAUUUAUGUCUGUAAUCUGUUUCUUUUUAGGGAGUGGAUAUAAUGUCAGCAUUCUUCCAGGGUUGCGGGACAUGACAGUCACAAUAAGAGGAGUUCAAAAUUUAUUUGACCGGAAGCGCGUUUUCCUUCAAUACUCAAUAAACAUUUGAAUAUUCAAUUUUAGCUGCUUAUUACUGUUCUAUAAAAGAGGCAAUAAUAAAGGGUAAUAAAGCGCAUUUAAACAUGCACAUUUACUAUAGGCUAAUGACUCGGCAAAAUUACCAAAUCAAGACAAGCGUGCCUCGGGUAGAGACGUGCAUUAUUGAGGUCCGUAUUUUUUUAGUUUAUAUUUUGUAUAAUGAAUAACUUGCUGACGACAACUGCGAACAAGCUAUUGUAUGAUGGCGAUAAAUAUCGAUGGAC